AUGGAGGCAGCAAACACCACACUGUCCCCAGCCUUGUCCCUGCCACCGGGCACCCUAAGGUGGGAUGGGUGGCUUCUGGUGGCCUGCGUGGCACUGGGGCUACCAGCCAACGCCUUCACCCUGUGGUUCGCGGGCUGGCGCCUGCGGGGCCAAGGCUUGGCAUGCUUCAUCCUCAGCCUGGCCACCUCCGACCUCCUCUUCCUCGCCAACUCCAUCCUGCAGAUCUGGUCUGUGGCCAACAGCCACCAGUGGCUGCUGGGCACCUCGCUGUGCCAACUCCACCAGUUCCUCUACGCUUUGGGUUACUACAGCAGCCUCUUCCUGCUGGCGACCAUCAGCUUGGACAGGUGCCUGCUGGUGGCCGCCCCGCUGUGGUACCGGUGCCGGCGCCCGGCACGGUUGCCGCUGGCGCUGUGCCUGGGCGCCUGGGCGGCAGCGGCCGCCUGCAGCGUGCCCGACACGGUCCUGGCGGAGGCGCUGGAGCUGCAGUGGGCGCCGGGCUUUGUGGCGUGCAUCACCCUGAGGGGCAGCUGGGAGGUGCCCAUGCGCUGGCUGGAGGUGCUGGUGGAGGGGCUGCUGCCCUUCGGCGUGGUGAUGGUGUGCCACGGGGUGGCCCUGGCGCUGGCAAGCUGCCGGCGUGGGCACGGGGGCCGCCCCCCGGUUCGCUUCCAGCGCAUCUUGGUGGCCACGGUGAGCCUCUACGUGGCGCUGCACCUGCCCUUCCAGGUGGCCCAGCUGCUGACGCUGGUGGCACCUGGCACCUCCGAGCACCUCAUCUACCUCCUGGGGCUGGCCUUCAAUCUGAACAGCUGCAUCAACCCCUGCCUCUACCUGCUCUUUGGCACCACCAGCGCCUGCCAGUGCUUCACCCGCCUGCCUCUCCUUGCCCGCCGGCCAGCCACGGCCCUUGCCCAAGUGCCACCCACUGCCCUCAGCCACGUGCCACCCGCUCCUGUCACUCCCGUGACAGCUGCUACUGGCAAUCCUGUGCCAGCUGCUACUGGCAACCCUGUGCCAGCUGCUACUGACAACCCUGUGCCAACUGCAGCCACCACCUCAGUGCCACCCACCGCUGUCAGCCCUGUGCCACUGCCACCACCUCAGUGCCAGUGA